AUGCUAAAAAAGGCAUGGCUAUUUGCACAGCGGCAAAAUUGGGCUAGUCCGAAUGUCCUGCACCUGAUUGACCACUGUAACAGAGCUGGAGCGCAUAAGUCUUGGUUUGAGUUCUACAUGCAUCAUAUGAUGAAGUUGCGCUGUCCAGAUGUCAUGAAUCGUGCUAUUGAGACUAUAUGUGCCUGUUUGUUGCUGGAGCCUCAGGAAACUCUAAUCACCGCAUGCGUGCUUAUGGUUGAUUUCAUGAUGGACAAAAAGAGCCAGGUACAAUUUGAAGUCCCCUAUGUGAUACCCCUUGUCAAACUACUAACUCAGGUGAUGCUAAUGUCUGUAUGGAUCAUUGACAGAGAAUAUAAAAAGGUGAAUGCUUGGAGAAGUGGCGAACCAAAACAAAAAAGACUAAAGAUGGCCAGCGAUACGCAAGUACAUCCUUCGAUAAAAAUCCUGCAGGAGACUAUAGAAGUUGCAGUGAACAAAUUUGUCAAGGAAUCGAGUCAAGGCUCCCUCUAUCAACCAAUCAGCUCUGUAUGCCAUAUUGUGAGGAUGAUUGCAGGUGCACCAGAAAGUGAAGCAAAACAACUGUUAUUACCUUAUCUGAAACAUUUAUUGUUCUUCCAACUUGCACGUCUUGAGCCUGGUUCGAUCUCGUUUGAACUAUUCGCCACAUUCUGUGAUCCAGCCAACGAGGAUCACGAUCUCGAGAAGCUGAAAUUCUUAUGCUUACUGCGGAAAUCUGGUGGACUAUAG